AUCUCUUCCAUUCUUCAAACUAAGGCAGAGGCACAUACAGAUAUAUGCAUACAUUCACAUAUUGAUUAUAGAUAUGGCUCUCCAAACCAUCUUCCUCUUCUCCCUCAUCCUCUUCGCUUCCAAAGCAGCCGCCCAGCUAGACUUCUGCGUCGCGGACCUGAAAUCCCCAGCAACUCCAACGGGCUACCCCUGCAAAAACCCCGCGACUGUCACGGUCGAUGACUUCGCGUUCUCAUCAACCCUUGCAGUGGCGGGCAACACCUCGAAUGUCUUCAAAGCAGCGGUCGCCACAGCAGUCGUGACCCAGUUGCCGGGUCUCAAUGGGCUGGGCACGGCCAUGGGCCGUGUGGACAUAGCCGUGGGUGGGGUCAUCCCUAUGCACACCCACCCGAGCGGCACGGAGCUCCUACUCGUGUUGGAGGGCACCAUCAAUGCCGGGUUCAUCUCGUCGGCCAACAACGUCUACUCCAAGAUUCUCAAGAAGGGAGACGUCUUUGUAAACCCUCGAGGGCUAUUGCACUUUGCAAUAAAUGCUGGUCAGGAACCCGCUGUGGGCAUCGUGAGCUUCAGCAGCCACCUCCCGGGACUUCAGCCAACGGACUAUGCGCUGUUUGGGAACAACUUGCCUACCCAAGUGGUGAAGGCGACCACCUUCCUCGACGAAGCCCAGAUCAAGAAGCUUAAAGCUGCUUUUGGCGGCACGAAUUAAUUGAGUUUCUCAAUUCUUGUGGAUUGCUCAGGGCACGAUUACAUGGCUAAUAUCUAUAUAGUGUUCUAAUUCUUUUCUAAUAAAUAUAACUCUUUGAUA